AUGGAUGUGCUUCAAAAAAACUACGACGAUGGUAUCCAUCCGGGGUAUAUGGAUGGGGCGACCGGGGGCAUGUACGAACCGCACGUGGCCCACCGACCCAGCUUACCAGGUCUGCACCACUCCCCCCACCUGAAUCACGCCAUGCACCCCUAUCACUCCAACCAUGUCAAUCCUACGGCCAACCACGUCAUGGGCGGAGCCGUCCCUGACGUGGGGAAGAGAGAUAAGGACGCUAUUUACGGACAUCCCCUAUUUCCUCUGUUGGCAUUAAUAUUCGAAAAAUGCGAAUUAGCGACAUGUACACCUAGAGAACCGGGAGUAGCGGGGGGAGACGUGUGUUCUUCGGAGUCAUUUAACGAAGAUAUAGCCGUUUUUUCAAAACAGAUACGACAAGAAAAACCUUAUUAUAUAGCAGAUCCAGAAGUAGAUUCAUUAAUGGUACAAGCAAUUCAAGUGUUACGGUUUCACCUACUGGAGCUAGAAAAGGUCCACGAACUGUGCGACAACUUCUGCCAUCGAUAUAUAAGCUGUCUGAAAGGCAAAAUGCCCAUAGACUUAGUGAUAGACGAAAGGGACGGGGGGAAACCCCCUGAGUUAACGGGUUCCACGAACGGUGACGGUGGUACCAGAAGUAAUGCAGAUUCGACGUCGCACACGGACGGUGCUAGUACUCCGGAUGUCAGACCGCCAUCCUCCUCUUUGUCGUACGGAGGUCCUGUCAACGAUGACGUACGAUCUCCAGGAACGCCAGGACCUUUAUCACAACCCCCCGCAUCGCAGCAAAGCUUGGACGCGUCAGAUCCAGAUGCCAUGGGAAAAUGGUGUCCGCGAAGAGAAUGGUCAUCGCCCACGGAUGCACGAGCGGCAAGCGAUGCCGCGCGAAGAGGUGUCUUAUAUUCAUCAGUCUUCCUGGGCAGUCCGGGUGAAGCGAGUAAUGCGAGUAUCGGUAGCGGGGAGGGGACAGGAGAGGAGGACGACGAUACGAAUGGAAAGAAAAAUCAAAAAAAGAGAGGCAUAUUUCCCAAAGUAGCGACGAAUAUACUCAGGGCGUGGUUGUUUCAACAUUUAACGCAUCCCUACCCAUCGGAGGACCAGAAAAAGCAGCUAGCGCAGGAUACUGGCCUUACAAUACUUCAAGUUAAUAAUUGGUUCAUCAACGCGCGACGGCGGAUCGUGCAACCGAUGAUAGACCAGUCGAAUCGAGCAGAUAUUGCAGACGUCGUCAAAGUGUUUUCGCCGCACGCGGGACCCAGCGGAGCUUACAGUCCAGAUGGGACGAUGGGAUAUAUGAUGGACGGGCAACAAAUGAUGCAUCGACCGCCAGGCGAUCCAGCUUUCCACAACCAGUACGCGCAUUAUCCAGAGUACUACGGACACCAUCUGUGA